GUUUGUGUUAGGUUUCUGUCGUGCCGGUGCGUCGAGCAACCCGUGCUCGUAAAAUUUUCACGUUGGCGAAAAAAGGCGUGACUGCUGUGGUUGUGUAGACUUGCGCGCAAGUCAGCUGUGGCGCCUUCGAACCGAUGUAUCCUGGCCUCAAGCAACCGGACGGAAUUUCCUGACCACCCGCCCGCUUCGCACGCGCUGGAAGGAUGAGCGGCUGAGGGUUGGCCGCCGCGACGUGCCUAAUUGGGGAAGAGACACACAUCACUCGGUGCCCUGGAGCUGAGAGCUGGCGUCAGGCGGCGAGCGCCUGCGGAUGCAGCCUUAUGCGGGCCAAGAGCUUCCUCCUGUUGCUGGCCUGCAUUGUGGUGACCAGCACCCUCAUCUGCCUCUAUGGGGACCCAAAACCCGCCCUGGACGGGCUCGUCUCAGAGACCCACCGGCAGCUCACCAAUCUCAAAAACCUCAAGGUUGUUCCUGAGCAGCGUGAUCCCCAGGAGCUCGAGCGCUACCUGCUGCACCUGGGGUUGUCUCCGGCCACGUCUUCAGAGAGUGGUCCUUCCCCAGCUGCCCUGCUGGCAAACGAGAGCGGGCCGCUGCCACCCAUCGUUGGCACCGCCAUGGGUGUCGACCAGCUUGGCCGGCUGCCGGGCUUCCUAGAGGCUUGCCAGACACACUUCCCCGACCACUCAGUGGUCGUCUACGGUCUGGACUUUGGACCAGCUGAGCUGCUUGCGGCACAAAACAUGUGUAACUCUAGUAACUGCACCUUGCGCACACUCAACUUCGACUUCUAUCCAGCCCACGUGAGCAACCUCAAAAUUUAUGCCUAUCGGCCCAUUAUAAUUCAGGAGUUGGUUCGAGAGUCCGGCGGUGUGCUGUGGGUGGAGCCAGACUACCAGUUGACCAGCGCACCCGACCCGCGCCGUGUGGUCGGCCGGGCGCUGCGCGAGGGCCUGGCCGCGCCCUGGUCCUCCCAGCCGCAACCCACAUCUGCCCUCACCCACCUGGGCAUGUUUGAGUUCCUUAGGGCGCCCCGCGAGCACUUCUUCUUCCAGCGCAUGGUCGAUCCCUCCGUGCUUCUCCUGUUCGACUCGCCGCAGGUGCGGGGUCGUCUGAUGCUGCCGUGGGUGCGGUGUGCCCUGGUGGCCGACUGCAUCACCCCCGUGGGGGCCCAGAGUACGGGCUGUCGCUUUGAUAAGAAACCCCUGUACCGGUACUCGGGUUGCCAUAGGUACGACGUAUCAGCUCUCAACAUUAUUUUGGGCCUGCUCUACGAGAACAACCGGCAGCCAUACGUCUUUCAAGACGAGGACCACUUCUUCCGGAGGAUUGUGGACGGCAGCGACGGGCCGUUGUUGGGACAGCCUGAGGCGAACAGCACAGUCAACCGCUCGACCACCCGAUGAUGGUAGUGCCCUGGUCCUCCAGACACCGAACAAUAAGGCGUGCCUCACCGCUUCCAUCACUGCCGUGACAGAUUGCGGCCAUUUGCAAGUCCUCCAUCGCCUAUUACGCGCAAGUGCUGUUGGUCGGCUUUUUAGCCGGCCCUGAUUUUGGCCCCUUUGAGCUGUUUCUUCCAUAUUGCCGAGGCCCUGUAAAAAAUUGCCCGCUAGUGCAUUGGGAUCCUAAAUUCUACGAAGACGCAUAGUUGUCCAUCUGGGUACGGCCUGGCAUUGAAAGAAGAGUAGCUUUCUAGGGCACAAAAGAACGAAGGAGCGGAUGGACCUGUCUUCACGCCCAUCCCCCCAUCCUGCAUUCUUUUGAGCGCUGAAAAGCUGGUACAGUUUACAACAUGCUCAAGCAUGUGCAAGUUUGUAAAGAAGCAUGGUGUCUUCUGCAUCUUGCUUUGCUCUCCACAUCAAUUGUAAAAUCUUGAGCGGCGAUUGAACAGUGUUUCACUGGUGAAAUUUCAUUUAUUCUCUAAUGGCUUCCUUUGUCAGCAUGAGCAGGAGCUGCUUGAUGGCUUUAAGGCAAACUUGCAACGAUAGUUCUGCAUGCGUUCUUUUUUUUUUUUUAAUUUGCUGUCGUUGUAUCUUUGUAUUGUCGGGAAACCUGUGGCUGCUGCUUGCGAUGACCUGCAGCCUGUAGGGAAACCUGCAGGGAGACCUCCAAUGACCAGACAGCCGUGCGCUGCCCAAAUUUUGCGAAUGAGAAUUUCGAAAUUUCUCUCUGAAAACCCAGUCUUGUUAUCGAUUUCGGAAACAUCGAAAGCAUAUGUGAGAAUGAACUGUGUUUCAAAACACAAUUUGAGUUGGGGUCAAAGUUUCUACAAUUCAGUUGCGACUCUUGCUUAGAUUUUCUAGCUUGGUUCGGUGAGGCAGAUUUGCGAGCUGCUGUGCUUGGUGCUGUGCGAGCAUAUGUGGUGAUGGGCACAUUUGCCACGGCCCAAAUUUUUAUUGUAUGUUGUGUUUUGCUUUUUUUAAACAUACUCAGAACAACAUGCCAAGCACGGACAAUAUGCUGCAUUUGCGCUGUAAGCUGUGCCGUGAAUCUGGUGGUGUGUAGUGUGUUUUUUUUUUUUCAUGUUUUAAAGUUUGAACACGCAGUUGUUAUUGUUAAAAAAAAAACGAUUUUUUUUCCUUUCUAUCUGUGUGCCAAUGUUGAAAGUUGCAUGCAGUGGCUGCCGCCGGAUUGUGUCGGAGCUGAUUGCGUAUUUACGUUACCAGAGCUUAUCUAUCGUUGCACAAUGGUUGUGCCUUUUUCCAAACCGGAAAUGACGUCCAUCAGAAGCUCUGGAAAGAAGGCGCGGCGGAGAAGUUACAGAAAACCUUACGGAGAACCACUUUUAUUAACUAUGAUUUUAAAAGUUUGCAGCUAACUAGGUUCUUGCCGAGUGCAACCAGAUUGGUUGCAUACCUGGGUGAGUCUUUCAGAACAACCACUUCAUUCAUUGUUUCGAUCAACGUGACGUCGUACAACGAUAUUGAGCGUGAUUUGUUGCAAAUCUUAUUGCUGGUGACUGGGUGUAGAAUAGUUGCCUUUGUCAGUUAUACACCCAUGCACCUCUCAACUUCUGCUAUGUGAACCUUUGAUUUUAUGAGGAGCAGAACAGCCAACUUGCAGAGGCCUCUAGGAAUCCUCGCUUGUUGGAAAUUUUGUUCUUUUUUUUCUUUUCAGUCCGACGAUCAAAGCGGAGUCAACAAGCAAUUCAGAGCUUUGUUCAAUAAUCCAGAGGGAGGGUUCAAAGAAAAAGCCUGGCUACUGACAUUGUUGCAGCAGCAGGUCUUCUUUCUGUAUAUUAGCAAAAAAAAAUGUAUCACCACUCUAGUUUACACACAUGUAUAGGUUGUUUGCACACGCAUUUCUCGCGUUUGAGCCAUAUGUUUGUUUUAGCAACCUGCUGGAAAUCAGUGCCAGGCUAGUCAGUGCAGUCUUUGUGAUUGCACGAGAUACGCACCAUCUUGCCUCCCAUUUUUCAGUGUCCUCCACUACUGUCUUUAAAUAUUUUUUUUCUUUUGUGUCUCGUGUCCCUCCUUAGAUGUGUCCAUUUUGUAUUUAUUUGUCGCUGUUUUCUCCCACCGUGUGAGACCCGGGCUUGAAUUCUGGAACCAUUUCUCAUUAAUACAUUGUAAACAAGUUGGUACGGAUUGAUUGUUAUGAAGUAGUGCAACGCAAUAAGAUGAAAGGUUGUGUUCGAGCGUUUCCAGUAUUUUGUCUUAUUCCGUCAAGUUGUUUCUUAAUAACGAUAAAACACCUGUCCAGCCAGAUCGGCAGAUUUUCUAAAAAGUGAAUGAGCCUCAGCUAUUGUCGCAUUUGCACGGUGGCUAACAGGAACAUCUGGAAUUAUUACAGAUAAACAUUGGUUCCGGGAGUUUACGUGAAAUCCGAGAUGGUAAAAAAGGAGAGGGAUCGUUCCAGAAUUCAGCCCUUGCAUCGGCACUUGCUGCUGCAAGCUUUUGUCGCUUGUGCACGCACAUUUCAUUCUGUAUGUUGAACAAACAGAUCACAUUUUUAAAGUUUCGUUUAUGCAGAUGAUUACAAGAGUUUUAUGUAGUAUAGCCUACGUUGUGUUCAUUCAAGGUCCUCACAUCCCCUUUCUCUCCCAGAUAUUGCUUUUCUUUCUUUCUUAUUUAGGAAAUAAGUGCAUGUUAAAUGUAGCAAUACCCAAGUGGUGGCACAUGUGUGCGCUGCUUCUUAAGUGAGUUUGGUCAGUGGUUAUAAAGUUUACAGUCACCUCUUCUCCCUUUAAAUGCUGCAGAAGUGUGCAGUGUUUUGACUUAGCAUUCCAAUUCAUUUGUUUGAAUUAGCUCUGGCUUGCAAGCGAAAGCUGCAACUGCUUGCUUCCUGUACAGCGGAAUCUUCCAAAAGCCUGUACCGACUACCAUCGUUCGUGCGAGCACUGUUGUGCAAGUGUUUAGGGUGCUUAUUUGACGUUUGAAGCAUUCUUUUAAUAACGGCGUUGCUUCAAAUAGGUUUUCCUAGUUUACCUUCGAAACUACCACUUAGAAUGCACACCUGUUUUGGGUGUGUUGAACCAACAAGCGGGCAUUGUUGUUGCGAAGUUUGUGAGAUGGUAUACUAAUUGAUUUGUACUUUUGUAUUCCUGAGUGAUUGUUAUUGUGGUUAAACAAGUACGAAAGAGAAUUCGUGUGUGGGGCUGUUUUUGUGAAUCGCGCCAGUACAACAGAAAAACAAGCGCUCUUAUUGCAAGAGCGAGUUCCGUAAAACAGCGAAGAUUUAGAAAGAAGAAAAAGUAGCGGCGGUGUGUCCUAAGGCUUUUGCACCAGUUCACCAUGGUCCACUAGAUUUUGACAGCAUCUGCUGGGGAACAUGGCCCUCAUAGCACAAUCUAAGAUGAUAGUAAUCUAAAAUGACAGUAACAAUCUAAGAUGAUAGUUGACAAGACUAAACUAACUGGACAUUCUUAAGAAUGCCCCUCCUCUGACAAAGUGCUACGAGGACAAAAAAAAAUAUCUCUUUUAUCUCAGCUGCAGUAUCACAGUAACGAAAUAUGACUUAGUUUCACAGUGUUAAUCAACCUUGGUAGGCUAAAAUAAACUUGAUUUCAUCUCUGUUGGAGUUUGCAAGCAGUUGCCGCUUGAGGAACACACGAGUUGCCCGUUCUAAAGGUUCCCCUCCCCUCCCCACUAAAAGGCUAUAGGACGAAUUUGUGUCAACCACUAAAAUGUCCACUACUGGUGGGGGGCAUAUAUUCCUCUUUAGUCAGCAAUGCAAGCUACGUCUGUGAUCUUGGUUGCACUUUUUAUUCUUCGAUUUUCUUUUUUUUCUUUUCAUCAUGUGUCCUAAUAUGCUGAAUUUUUCUUUUGGUUGUUUUCAUAGUCGUUCUAAGCAAUAUGAGGUCUUGCACAGACAGUUAAUUACAAGCCAUUAUAUAGAAAGCUGAACACGAAAGUUGCACGGUAUGUCGGGUGUUGUCGGCAGUUGCAGAUGUCCUGCACUCAGUGUGUUGGUUAUCAUUAAGUGAAUUAACUAAAUAUGACAGCUUCUCGUGAAAAUACUGUGUUUGAAGUGCUAGAUAAUCUUGGUUUUUGCAAUGACCUGAUUUCCGUGAAUAGUUAAAAACUUGACAAACACUAGUCAGCAUUAAAUCGCAUCCUUACAUCCAUCCAGUUAUUGCAGUACAUAUUAUGAAAUGUGGUAGCCCGUGAUAAGUUCUGAAGCUUGAGAUUAGGUCAUGAAAAUUAGACUUUCAAACGAAAAAUUUGUUCCAUUAAGAGUCGAUAAAUUUAGUUUCCGAACAGCAGUUACAUUCUACAAAAAAAGAGGACUGUCAAGACUGCCCGAGGCAGAAUAAACACUUGAGCUUAGAACACGGCAUUGCACAACGUGUGAAGUAUCCCAUGCUUGCAUAAGGACGGGUUGUGUGCCCAGCCAAGUCGAAGAACAAGCUGCACCACUGUUUUUGUUGGACAGGCUCACUUGAGCGCUACCAAAGGAUAGUUUAUAGUGCAUCAAGAGCUAUCUAUGCAUGUGAGUUUUGUGUACUGUGAUGCUUGGCUGGGCCUGCACGUUAGCCCCAACAAAGUGUCUUGAACAGUUACCGACAAGGCUCGAAUGAGUGGCUACAUUGUUGCUCUGCGGUUCUUUGACUGCACCGGAUGCAGUAUGCACAAGACAAUGACGAGCUAGGCUUUUAUACUCACACAGACGUCUUUUUGGAUAGAAUGUGCGCGGCAGACCUUUUUUCUUUAAUAAAGAUUUUUUUAAAACUCAA